GUUCAAGAAAACCUUCGUCAAAUCUACAAUAAAGGAGAAUUAAAAAAAUUUCUUUUUAAAGUGAUUUAAGGACAAUUAAUAAAUUGCAAUUACAAUAUAUUUAAAAAUAAGAUCAUUAUCUGUGAAGUGAAAUAAAUUGAAAACUUUUAAAAGCAAAAAAUUGAACAAUUUAAAGCAAAAUUGUGUGUGGCCAUUGAAAAAUUUUAUUGAAAAAGGAAAAACGUAAAAAACCAACGCAAGCUUUUGAAAUAAUAUGAGUAAUUAUGCAAACGAAAAUGGAACGGGUCUAGAACAGCAGGUUGCUGGUCUGGACUUGAACGAGCGUGAACGCAAGAGUUCAGGCAAUACUCGUUAUAUACCGCCUCACUUACGCGGUGGUGACUCUGAAAGUAAUCCGUCGAAGCAAAACGAUAAUAAUCAAGGUGAAUUCAGGGAAAAUUAUUACAAUCCAAGAGGAGGCGGAAGUGGAUCUGAUCGAGACUAUAAUAAUCGUAACAAUAAUCGACGUUUCAAUAACAACUAUAAUCCACGUGACAAUUAUCGCAGUGGUGGUUCAGAUUACAAUAAUCAGCCUCCAUCAAAUUAUAAUAAUAAUCGUUAUCAAAACGGUGACGCGUCAGAUCGUGGUGGUAACUGGAAUAAUCGUGGAGGAUCACGACCUUUUUCUCGUCCAUCGGGAACUGAUUAUCGUUACGGCAACAAUCAACAGCAACAAAGACCGCCACUUCAAAAUCAGCCGGCUGACUUUGAUCCAUCUGUUGAGGAGCCAAUCAACACACGUUGGCAAGAACCUCCUCAACUGCAACAGGAUAUCAACAAUCGAUCCUAUGGAGGCAAAUGGAACCACCAACGCGGUGGUGAAAUUGACUACACAGUUCCACUACCAAGAGAUGAACGUAUCGAAUUGGAAUUAUUCGGUACAGCAAACACGGGCAUUAAUUUUAGCAAGUAUGAAGACAUUCCCGUGGAUGCAACGGGUCAUGAUGUCCCCAAACAUAUUACAUCCUUCGACGACAUUAAGCUGACAGACAUUAUUCGAGAGAAUGUUAAAAUGGCUCGUUAUGACAAGCCAACUCCGGUACAAAAGUAUGCCAUCCCAAUCAUACUCUCUGGACGGGAUCUCAUGUCAUGCGCCCAAACAGGCUCUGGUAAAACUGCAGCAUUUCUCGUCCCCAUUUUAAAUCGAAUGUUUGAGCAAGGAGCCAGUGCAAAUCCUCCAUCAAAUCGACCUUAUAAUCGUCGUAAGCAGUAUCCACUUGGAUUGGUUCUUGCACCAACACGUGAAUUGGCAACGCAAAUAUUCGAGGAAGCUAAAAAGUUUUCUUAUCGUUCGCGCAUGCGGCCAGCUGUACUCUAUGGUGGUAACAAUACAAGCGAUCAAAUGCGUGAACUUGACCGUGGCUGUCAUUUGAUUGUUGCAACGCCAGGUCGUCUUGAUGACAUUAUUAAUCGUGGAAAAAUUGGCUUAGAAAAUCUUCGCUAUUUGGUUCUCGAUGAAGCUGAUCGAAUGCUUGACAUGGGCUUUGAGCCUCAAAUUCGUCACAUCAUUGAGAAUCGCGAUAUGCCACCGACCGGACAACGUCAAACUCUGAUGUUUUCAGCAACUUUUCCCAAGAAUAUUCAAGAACUUGCAAGUGAUUUUCUCUCAAAUUAUAUUUUCUUGGCUGUUGGACGUGUAGGCUCAACUUCUGAGAACAUUACGCAAACCAUUUUGUGGGUCGGCGAACAUGAGAAACGCUCAUAUUUGCUUGAUUUACUGACACGUUUGCGUGAAGGUUCAGCUGAUUACUCACCCGAUAGUUUAACGUUAAUUUUUGUUGAGACGAAGAAAGGUGCUGACGCUUUGGAAGAGUUUUUGUAUCUUAACAAGUAUCCUGUGACGUCGAUUCAUGGUGAUCGUUCUCAACGCGAGCGUGAAGAAGCUCUCAAAUGUUUCCGUUCUGGUGGAUGUCCAAUUCUUGUUGCGACAGCUGUUGCAGCACGUGGUCUUGACAUUCCACAUGUCAAGCACGUCAUCAAUUAUGAUUUACCUUCCGAUGUCGAAGAAUAUGUUCAUCGAAUUGGUCGUACCGGUCGAAUGGGAAAUUUGGGCAUUGCAACCAGCUUUUUCAACGAAAAGAAUCGCAACAUUUGUUCAGACUUGGUUGAGUUGUUAAUUGAAACGAAUCAGGAGAUGCCUGGAUUCUUGGAAGAAAUGGCAAAUGAUCGUUAUGGUGGACCUAGACGUUCAAAUAAUAAUCGCGGUAAUAAUCGAUACGGUGGCAGCGGAUUUGGAUCGCGAGAUUAUCGUCAACCACAAAGUAAUCGUGGAGGUUCUGGAAAUCGUGGAUUUGGAAAUAAUAACGGCGGAGGACGUGGAAGCGGCGGCGGUUAUGGAAACGAUGGCUAUCGCAACGGAGGUGGCAACAGUCAUGGCGGAGGCGGCUAUGGUGGAAGCUACGGAAACAACUUUGGUGGCAACAAUCAUGCUAGUUCCGGUCCAGAUUGGUGGGAAGAUUAAAUAACAACAGUUUGAUGACUUUUCGUCCUCUCUCUCUUUCUCACUUACAUGCAUACACACAGAAAGAAAAAAAAGUUAUAACAAAAUCAUAUUUAAAACAAAAGAUAAAGAAAAAAAAAUUCCCGAAACGCUGAAACAAAUACAAACUCCUCAAUUUAGUGAAAACUUCAAAUAUAAAAAAGAAAAGAAUCAGAAUUCAAGUUGUCACGACCGAUGAUGUCGUGAGGAAAUGAAUGGAAGAAAAAAAAAACAAAAAAUAUAUAAACAAUAAUUUAAAGAAAUCUCUUGAAGGAAAAUCAAAUUUAGACAGUGUUCGUUUGUUAGGUCGUGGUUUUGUUCAGCAAUUCUGAAACGGGUCGUUCAAUGAGCUUUUAUUUUAUAUGAAAAAAGCGAGACAGAGCCAGUGAAUAUAUGUUGGAACUUAAGCUAGAUUUACCACUCGAAUAAUGUCUGUAAGAAUGUUUUACAUAAAUUCUUAUACAGGGAAAUCGUCGUUUCGUACAGAUUUCACUUGUACUAACUAAAACUAGAGUAAUGAAAUGAAAUAAAUAUAAAAAAGAAAAACUUAAUGGAUUUCUAUUAUCGCUGAUAUAUAAAACAUCAUGGUGAAACGAUGAUGAAUGGCGAGAUGGUUUUGUGGAAGAAAAAAAUAUUUAAACAGAAACUAAAAAGUAAAAAAGAAACAAAAAACCUUGCAAGAUCACAAUGUUGAUAUAAACUCAAAUAAAUGAAAAACAAUGCACUCCUACACUUUAAUAAAUGAUGAAAAGUAUGAGCAACAAACGAGAAAAUAAGAAACGAAAAGCAGUUUGGAAGCAGAAAAACGUUUUUUGUAAUUUUUAUGUUUUUCCUUUUAUUGCGUAAAAAAAAUUUGAAUUCAAAUCAAAGGUUGAAACAAAAUGGAAAAUAAAACAUAAAGAAAAAAACUUAAGAAGAAAACUGAAAACUUAUGCAAGAAUAUAACAAUGUGGAAAGGGUUUUAAUUCCAAUAGGUUUAGAAUUUAAUUUCAGGAAUUCUUCUGUUGAUUUAAAGUUUGGGUUUUAAUCCUUUUUCAUCAAUCUUCUGAGACGAGCAUCUUACAAAGCAUAUUUUCUCUAAUUAAAGGAAUGAAAUAAUUUAAAUUUGUUUAUUUAUUCUGAACAUCUAUGCUUGGUUUAUGGUUUUCA